AUGCGUUUCCUUCCAGGAUUUCUCAAGCCCAGAAGGCAGUACUCUCCAUCAUCGUGUCCUCCUGCCCGGUCCAUCGCAACUGUGCAAACUAUCGACAUACUUUAUGUCACGCCUGGAUCUUAUCACGAGGUACAACGCUAUGGAAAAGUAACACUCGAUUCUGGUUGCAAACUAAACCUAAUCUCGAAAGAGCAUGCGCAGCGCCUUGGCUGGCAAGGGUCGUCCGUCAACAAACAAAGGCGCAUUGGUACUGGCUUUGGAGGCGGGAAAGUCGUGAGCCUGGAUAGGAUUGAGGCACGAUGGUACAUCUCUUCCUCGAAUAACCCACGUUACGAAACGUCUAUCUUUCACGUUGUCGAUGAAAAGGCAAUCGAUGUUGUCAUGGGCUCCGAGACGAUUGCAGAACACGGAGUCUUUGACCCGGACUCGGUCUUAUUUGGCUCACUGACUACCUACAUUCCCCCAACAAAUGUCGCGGUGCUUACCCAAGAGACGGCUAAAGCCAAAAACGAGCGUGCUCUCGCCCAGCAGCAACAGAAGCUUGACGAAGAACGAAAGAAGCGAGAAAAAGCCGCCCAGCGUUCCUAG